GAUGGGAGUACUUGGACAGUCAGUGAGGACUGGGAAACAGAAACAGGUUUGAUUAAUGAUAUUCUACUAACCUCUAUGAUAUACGAACAAACGGUGAAAAGUCUCCUCGAACGUUUUACUAACAAACCAAUUUUUCUAGAAGUUAUAGAGUCAAUAGCACAGGUCAACUCAAACAAACCAUUAAGAGAUCGUAAACGUGCGCACCAUCGAGCAUCGGAGUACCUAAUCGAAAACGGGAAACUAUGGAGGUUGCGCAGAGGAACGACAGUUAGAGCUCAAAGCAGGACAGAGUGUGUUACCCAGGAAGAAGCUGAGCAAAUGGCAACAACGCAACAUGAACAGAUGGGACAUUGGGGGAGAGACACUAUCAAAAUAGCACUCAUGGACUGA